GGGCGGCUGUGAGGAGCGGCCGGUGGCUGCCGGUGGCGGUGACGGCGGCAGGCGGCCAUGGCAGAGGCGGAGGCAGGCGGCGACGACGCCCGCUGCGUGCGGCUGAACGCCGAGCGGGCCCAGGCGCUGCUGGCCGACGUGGACACGCUGCUGUUCGACUGCGACGGCGUGCUGUGGCGCGGAGAGACGGCCGUGCCUGGCGCGCCGGAGACCCUAACGGCGCUGCGGGCCCGUGGCAAACGCCUCGGCUUCAUCACCAACAACAGCAGCAAGACCCGUGAGGCCUACGCCGAGAAGCUGCGGCGCCUGGGCUUCGGCGGCCCCGCGGGACCCGGCGACAGCCCUGAGGUCUUCGGCACGGCCUACUGCACCGCGCUCUACCUGCGCCAGCGCCUGACGGGCUUCUCCGGCCCCCAAAGGCCUACGUGCUGGGCCAGUGCAGCGCUGGCCGCGGAGCUGGAGGCCGUGGGCGUCGCCUGCGUGGGCGUGGGGCCGGAUCCCCUGCAGGGCGACGGCCCUGGCGCCUGGCUAGACGUGCCACUCGAGCCCGAUGUGCGCGCCGUCGUGGUGGGCUUCGACCCGCACUUCAGCUACAUGAAGCUCACCAAGGCCGUGCGUUACUUGCAGCAGCCCAGCUGUCUGCUCGUGGGCACCAACAUGGACAACCGGCUCCCCCUCGAGAACGGCCGCUUCAUCGCGGGUACCGGUUGUCUGGUCCGAGCCGUGGAGAUGGCCGCUGAGCGCCAGGCUGACAUUAUAGGGAAGCCCAGCCGCUUCAUCUUCGACUGCGUGUCCCAGGAGUACGGCAUCAACCCCGAGCGCACCGUCAUGGUGGGAGAUCGCCUGGACACAGACAUCCUCCUGGGCGUCUCCUGUGGCCUAAAGACCAUCCUCACCCUCACUGGAGUCUCCUCUCUAAGAGAUGUGAAGAGUAAUCAGGAAAGUGACUGCAUGUCUAAAAGGAAAAUGGUCCCUGACUUCUAUGUUGACAGCAUAGCCGACCUUUUGCCUGCCCUUCAAGGUUAAAGAUUUAGCGUCUUUAAUCUACAGAAUAAAAAAAAAAAAUUGAAAACCACUUAACCAAAUUAAUAGGUGGGGCUUAAGCAUUUGCUCAGCUAGGUGGCUUUAAAGGUUAUACUUGGAGUUAAGCAAAGGCACUAGUUAACCUUGGAAGUAAAGGUUUGGGGGUGAUUUUGUUACAGGUGUUUGUAAUUUAAGAUGCACUUUUUUUUCUUUUUUUUUUUUUUCUUUUUUUUAAGAGAGGAAAGGAGAGAAACAUCAAUUUGCUGUUAUUUAUGCAUUGAUUGGUUGCUUCUUGGAUGUGCCCUGACUGGGGAUCGAACCCACAACCUUGGCAUAUCAGGACAACCCUCUUACCAACUGAGCUACCUAGCCAGGGCCUAAGAUGCACUUUUAAACUUGGAGGGCAUUGUGGGGGUCCUGGGCCUUGGUUGCCAUUGGCAAGAGCAGGCUUCACAUCUGUCCAGAAUUCAGAUAACCUAAGGGCCUGCUGAUGGGACUGAGGUAGGUCUAGGGGUGUCACAUAUUUUGUUGAAAUUUUUAUUCAGGGAUCAAGUCCCCUUGUAGGGCAAAGGGGAGAAGGGACUGAUUAUUUUGACUAUCAGGAGAAAUGUACAAACCAACCCAAGGCCCCAUGGGUGGGGUCAUCAGCAGAGGAGCUUGCUGCUGUGUUCCAGCUCCUCACCUGCAGGGUGGGAUGGAGGAUGGGAUGGUCCCCUGGUAGUGUCUCCCUGUCUUUGGGGUGUGGAGAGCUGUCCUCACCACCACCACUCCACAUUUCCUUACAAACCACUCUGCCAUAUUGAGUGUUGUGUUUCAGAUGCUCAGGGCUGCUGCUCCUCAUACGUGGUCGUGCAGCUCUGUAAACUCACCCCAGCUAAACCACAGCUUUCUCAAAUGUGCAUUUAAACCCAAGUGACAUGGAGUGAGCAUAUUGUUGGCUGAGUAGCCAGGAGGACAUGGGUGCCUUUGCUGAACUUUGGCCUGCUGUGUAGGGAGCUCAGAGCAGCAUUGUUAUAAAAAAAAUAUUUUUUUAAACUUUUGAACAACUUUGUCAAGGGGUGGAAUUGAAUCUUAAGCAUGUUAAUAGCUGUGCUCUGUCUUGUAGGGCAAAUCCCACUGAAGAAAUCUCCAGGCCCCGCAGUGAGCAGCAGGGCUAAAGUCAUAUGCAGGCCAAGGAAUGCCUGUUAUCCAGGGUGCCCUCUGGGUGGGAGAAGAAAGAAGUGUCCCUAAGAACAGGAAAAUGGUUUCUACAAAGCAUCCAGCCUCUUCCUGUCCUCCCAUACCUUUGGUUGUGUGGGGGUUAGAUGCCAAUGGUCCAUGAGGCCAAAUAUCUUGGCUCUGAAGUCCUUGGUCAGUGGCCAGCUGGAGGACUGGCAGGGUUCACCGGCUAGCCACGGGUUCUUGGUAGGGAGCCCUGGCCUUUUCUGCCUGUUCCCUAAGUUGCUGACCUUUGGGAACAGGCCUGAUAAGCAGACUUUCCAGCUGCACUUGUAGGGUAGAGCCUGGGAAGCUGUUCCUUUGGGCCGACUCCUUCCCGGUGCCUUGCUCUGCACCCAGUGGUGUCUGCCUACAACCUGUGGCUUCUCUCCUAAUCCCAGAGUUACAACACUCUUUCACUCCUUUCUCUGAGUUCCCAGUAGUAAAGGGUGUCCUGAGCCUUUAGCUCCUCCCAGGCUUGGAGUGUCUGGGGGUUGGACUCUGCCAACAACAGCAGGGCAGCCGGUGCCUGUGAGGUUGGUGGUGCUGACGUUGGCUCUGCGAGGUCGGCUCAAGGUGGGUCUGGAUAUUGAGCAGGCCUAUCAGGGCGUUGUCACCCACACCAGGAGCACACAGCAGGUGCGGCAGCCAGCGACACCUUCCUCUUCUGCGCCCCAUCUCUGCCCUUAUUGCACUGUGUGAACUCAAAUGCACAUUAAACUCUCAAACCCA